UAAUCACACUCCUCAAUAAGGCCCUAAUGGAGAAUGAGACCAUCCCUUUGGGCUAUGUCCCACAUUACCUUCUUCAAGGAGAUCCCUUUGCUUCCAAGCUGUCCAGGGAGGCAGACAUAGUGGCGGCGUUCUACAUCCUUAUCAUCGGUAUCUUGUCAGCCACUGGAAAUGGUUAUGUCAUAUACACAACCAUCAAACGGAAGGGCAAGUUAAAGCCACCAGAGUUCAUGACGCUGAAUCUGGCUGUGUUCGACUUUGGCAUAUCAGUCACUGGAAAGCCAUUCUUCAUAGUGUCUAGUUUUGCCCAUCGCUGGUUGUUUGGCUGGCAGGGUUGUCGCUACUACGGCUGGGCUGGCUUUUUCUUCGGAUGCGGAAGUCUCAUUACGAUGACCAUUGUCAGCUUAGACCGCUACUUGAAGAUCUGUCAUUUAAAAUAUGGUACAUGGUUCAAACGGCGUCAUGCCUUUCUCGGUGUGGUUUUUACAUGGAUCUAUGCUGCCUUCUGGGCCACCAUGCCAGUGGUGGGUUGGGGCAACUACGCACCUGAGCCGUUUGGCACCUCCUGCACGCUGGACUGGUGGCUGGCCCAGGCCUCGGUGUCUGGCCAGAGCUUUGUUAUGUGCAUGCUCUUCUUCUGUCUCAUCUUCCCCACCGGCAUCAUCGUCUUCUCCUAUGUCAUGAUCAUCUUCAAGGUCAAAUCCUCAGCCAAAGAAGUCUCUCAUUUCGACACACGGAAUAAGAACAACCACAACCUGGAGAUGAAGUUGACUAAGGUGGCGAUGUUGAUCUGCGCAGGGUUUUUAAUAGCUUGGAUCCCUUAUGCUGUGGUGUCAGUGGUGUCUGCUUUUGGAGAGCCUGAUUCAGUGCCUAUCCCAGUCUCUGUUGUGCCAACUUUGCUGGCCAAGUCCUCUGCUAUGUACAAUCCAAUCAUAUAUCAAGUCAUUGACUGUAAGAAGAACUGUGCAAAAUCUUCCUGCUUUCAAGUUUGGAGGAAAAAGAAACACUACAAGACUUCAAGGUUCUGCUCCAUCUCUGCCUCCCUGAAACAGAGAGCAGCCAAUGAAGUUCCAAUUGAGAUAUGAGGAAAUGACAGGAACUCACAAUGGGCCCGACUCACACUGGACAAUUUGUUAUUGUGCAAUUGAAUUUAGACAUCAACAGUUCAUACCCGCUUAACUUUGCUGUUGUUUCCUACUGCCAUCAACUUCACAUACUCUGCAAACACAUCUCUUAAAUUGAUCUGUGUGUGUAUAAAAGAAUUAAGUAUUAAAUAGGAUUCAUUUUUAUAUAUUUUUUUUGUUUAUUUGUUUGUAUUGUAUUCCAGCAUUCUCAGAACCACGAUGUUUAAAUCAUCUGCUUGAACUCUAAAGUGGCUUCGCUUUUCAACAAGUCUGUGUCACGCUCACAUCUAUACAACAGCAUGGUCACAGAAAAACAACAAUAUAUAGAUAUCUAUAUACCGUAAAGACAACAUGUGUGCAUAAUGUUAUUAUUAUUAGUAGUAUUUUUUUUUAUUAUCAAAUUGAAUGGACACUGAUGCACUGAUUCAGACCAUUGAAUUUCUUUUACAUUAUUAUAACAGACGUACCAUGAUAGUUUUGGGGCAUGUGCAAUGAUUAUAUACUUCAGAAUUUUUACAUUGAAAGGUGUCCUCCAAAGAUUCAGUUCAUGGUCUUAAGAAUUUUUGUGUUUUCUUCAUUUUAUUUUUAAUCAUUUAACAUUUUAACAUUCUUAGUAACCUUUUGCAUGUUAUCAAGCUGCAGAAAGCCCCUAAGGUUAAAAGAAAGUGAACAGUUGGUAAAGAGAAGUUGUUUACAGGUACUAGUGUGGUUAAAUGUUUUCCACAAAUAUUAUAAACGUUCUGUGGAAGUUGGACAACUAAUGGAAGUUCUAACAGUUAAUAAUGUAGCAAGCUGGGUUUACAAAAUAUUCAGUGUUUCUUUUUUGAAAUAGCCGAGACUAGCAUAUGUCAGAAAGGGCCUAAAAUGAACAUUGACUGUAUAAUGAUGAUUGAUUAGAGAGAAGCUUGUAAAUACUCAAAACAAAAUGUUAGCACAAUGAUAGCUAAUUAUUAUUAAAUAUUAAAUAGUUUAAACUUAUUUUGAUGCAGAUCACUGUUUUACCUGAAUGGCAACCAGAAAUAUUUCUGUAACUGGAGGUUUGGUUAUUCAGUAGAC